AUGGUGCAGGCACGAUUUCUGAAGAACUACCGCGUCUAUGUUCUCACCUCGGUCGCCUAUCUGGGCUCCUUGCUUUUUGGAUAUGACACCGGGGUGAUGGGCUCAGUCUUGGCCCUCAAUAGCUUUAAGAUUGAUUUCGGUCUGCCACUCGGCAAGUCCGGGUUCGCGUCCGACAAGAAUUCCCAGGUGUCUUCGAAUGUGGUCAGUCUCUUGACAGCAGGCUGUUUCUUCGGAGCGAUUUUUGCGGCGUAUAUCAAUGAUACCAUCGGUCGCCGGUAUUCGCUGAUGAUAUUCUGCUCGAUUUUCAUGGUCGGAGCGGCCAUCCAAGUGGGUGCCCACCAUGAGAUUGGAAUGAUCUAUGGCGGCCGUGUCGUUGCCGGUCUUGGGAUUGGCGGCAUGUCCAGUAUCACCCCUGUUUUUGUGAGCGAAAACUGCCCUCCACAACACCGUGGCCGUAUCGCCGGUCUCUUCCAGGAGUUUCUGGUGAUUGGAAGCACAUUUGCCUACUGGCUCGGCUACGGCGUCUCCAUCCACAUGCCGACAAGCACAAAGCAAUGGCGCGUUCCCGUGGCGAUCCAACUUAUUCCCGGUGGCCUGAUGCUUGUUGGCUUAUUCUUCCUAAAAGAGUCUUCCCGCUGGCUAAUGAAGCAAGGUCGCCGCGAGGAAGCCAUUCACUCGCUGGCUUACACCCGCAACGAGCCCGAAGACAGCGAGGCGGUUCAAAAGGAGAUUGCGGAGAUAUACGCUGCCAUUGAGGAAGAGACUGCGCUUACCGAGGGCGUUACCUGGAAAGAGUGCCUUCAGAAGAGCAACCGCUACCGCUUCUUCUUGGCCUUCACCAUUAUGUUCUGGCAGCAAUUUUCAGGAACCAACAGUAUUGGAUACUACGCGCCUCAGAUCUUCCAGUCCAUUGGGAUUAGCAGUUCCAACGCCUCCCUUUUUGCCACUGGCAUCUACGGAACUGUCAAGGUCAUUUCUACCGGGAUUUUCCUGUUGAUCGGAAUCGACCGCUGGGGGCGAAAGCGAAGUUUGAUGGGCGGCGCCGCGUGGAUGGCUGUUAUGAUGUUUAUCAUCGGCGCUGUCCUGGCCACCCACCCCCCAGACACAAGUUCCACCGUCGUCUCGAAAGCCUCCGUUGCCAUGGUUGCUAUGAUCUACCUCUACGUCAUCGGCUAUUCUUUCUCUUGGGGACCAACUCCUUGGGUGUACCUGAGCGAGAUCUUCCCCACUCGUCUCCGUUCAUACGGCGUCGGCCUAGGCGCUGCCACCCAGUGGCUCUUCAACUUCGUGAUUACCGAAAUCACUCCCCGCGCCAUUCACAGCAUUGGCUGGAAGACAUUCCUGAUGUUUGGCGUGUUCUGCACUGCUAUGGGAAUCUUUGUCACCAUCUUCCUCAAGGAAACUAAGGGCCGGACCCUGGAAGAAAUGGACUUGAUCUUCGGUGCCAUCGACGAGGAACAGCGACGCGCCGAUGUGGAAAAUACCCUGCAAAAGAACAGCAUCGCGCAUGCUGAGCAUAUGGAGGAGAACGCUGACCGGAAAUAA